AUGCACUUCCUCUCCCUCAUCACCGCCUUCAUGGCCACAACUGCCAUCGCAGUCCCUACAUCAUCGGUCCUGCGCCCCGAUGUCACUGCCAUCGACGCCGCAGUCGUCGCGGCCGUCGCGGCCGAAGCCGCUGACGGAAAACCACUCUUAUGGUGCUACAUCUGCGCACUCUGGUACGAGCAAUGUCUCGAUCUGCUUGACAGCUUAUUACGGCGACGGUAG